AUGGGUAGAUCUCAAUCUCUCAAUGCUUUUUUAUACUUUGAUGGGAGUAACUAUGCUUUUUGGAAAGAUUCUGUUAAGAAUGGGUAUGUAAGACCCACUACUGCCAAAUCUGAAUGGGAUAAGGCUGCUUUUGCUUUGGCAAAUGCCAAUAGCAAAGCAAUUACUGCUAUUUUUUGUGGUGCUUCUACUGAUGAGUUUCACAGGAUUUCACAUAUAAAGACCACCAAAGAGGUGUGGACUAUUCUUGAGACAACCUAUAAAGGUACCAAGAAGGUCAAGGACACUAAGCUUCAAAUGCUCACUACUUGGUUUGAAGAAGUAAAGAUGAGUGACGAUGAGUCAUUUGAUUCCUUCUAUAGGAGACUCAAUGAGAUAGUGAUUGCCAAGCUCAAUCUUGGGGAGAAGAUUGAAGAUGCUAAGGUGGUGAGGAAGAUUUUGAGAUUCUUACCCGAAAGCUUCUGGGCUAAGCAAUUGAGUGACUCCUCUAAUGAAGACAAUGUAGAGAAGGAUUUGGCAUUUCUUGCAAAAAACUUCCGGAAGUUUCUCAAGAUAAAGAAUAAUGGGAAGUUGUCUAGCAAAGGAAAAUUCUCAUCCUCAAAGAAUGACAAGAGGGAGUUCAAGAAGAAGGAUGGGAAAGAUUAUCCAUCCACUCAAGGAAUUGUGUGCUAUGAAUGCAAUAGUCAUGGACAUUUCAAGAAAGAAUGUCCAAACUAUUUGAGAGGAAAGGGUAAAGUGUUUGCCACUACGCUUAGUGAUUUAGAAAGUUCAAAUUCUGAUGUGGAAGGAAAGUGUGAUAGUGAGGGAAACUAUUCAGUCUUCAUGGCAAUCAUUGCAGUUAACUCUAGAGAUGAUUUGAGUGACUUGGUUGAUGAGCUUGGUGUACACUUCGAAGGUGAAGAAGUUGAAGAGUCAGAAGAUGAAGAUGUGUGUCUUAACGAAGGCGAGAAGAACCUUCAAGAAGUGUAUGAUGCAUUGCUUGAAGAUUGUGGCAAAUAUGACAAGGUUGCAAAGAAUGCGUUCCUUGAGCUUGAAAUAAUCCAAGCAAAUGUCAAAGUGGAGCGCAUUUCUAACAAGAAGCUUGACAGUGUGCUUUCUUCUCAAAAAUCUUCAAAUGACAAGACCGGUUUAGGCUAUACCGGUGAAGGAAGCUCAAGCAGCGGGCCUAAGAAGGAAGUGAAGUUUGUGUCGGCAAAGAAUGUAGAAAAGCCUAUAGUGGAGAAGCCCAAGAUUGAGACCUCUGUUGUUGCAAAGAGAAACAUUGGUACAAAACCAAAGGAAAAAGGGAAGUCAUUACCCAAAAGUCAAAGGAGACCUCAAGUGAAGCAUUUUUAUCAUCAUUGUGGCGUGCGAGGGCACACAAGACCAAAUUGCUUCAAGCUUCAGGCACUCAAGAGGGCUGAUUCUUUGCAUGGCCAAGACAACUCAAGAAGAAUGCCAAAGGGAAUUUAA